AUGAUGGGAUAUGAUGCUACGGUCUUUGCUUAUGGACAAACGGCUUCGGGUAAAACGUUUACGCUUAGCGGCUCGACUUCUCAGCCUGGUUUGAUUCCUUUAGCGGUUUCAGAUAUCUUUGAAUUCAUCAGAUCUCAUCCACAUCGAGAUUUUUUACUAAGAGCAUCGUAUUUAGAAAUCUACAAUGAACAAAUCAUAGACCUAUUAAUCCCGAUCAAAGACCCCAAACCGAUGAUCAAAAUCAGACAAGACCCAUCCACAAAACACUUUUUCCCAAAUCCUAUUCGAGAAGAAGUAGUAAGCACAAUAGAACAAGUAGAAGAUGUUUUGAAACGAGGUAAUCUGGCACGACAUGUGUCAGGUACAGAUUUCAAUCAAAGAUCUUCGAGGUCUCAUACGAUCUUUUCGGUGGUCGUUGAGAGUAGGAAGACUCAGAGGUUUCUUGCAGGAGCUGGGAGUGAUGGCUCGGUUAGGAGAAGUAAGGUUUCUUUGAUUGAUUUGGCUGGGAGUGAACGGGCUACUAGUGAUGGGAGUAGAAGAACUGAAGGUGGAUUUAUUAAUAAAAGUUUACUCACAUUAGAAAAAGUCAUUGGAGCCUUAUCACCCGAUACACCAAACCUAUCCUCAACCCCAUCCAAACCAAUCCCUCAACACGUUCCAUUCCGAGACUCGAAACUGACUCAAAUCUUACAACCAGCCUUAAAAGGAGAUUCAAAAGUAUGUGUGAUUUGUACGAUUAAUCCUACUUUGAAUUAUGGAAAUGGAGUAGGGAAUGGAGUCGGAGUAGGGAAUGGGUUGGAAGAAUCCAAGAGUACGCUUAGGUUUGCUAGAAGGGUUAAGAAGGUUACGGUUCAGGCUAAGGUUCAUGAGAUUCUGAGUGAAAGAGCUUUGAUUACUAGGUAUAGACAACAGGUUCGUGAGGAUAUUCGGUUUUGGUUUAAGAAUUGGUUCUUUUUGUUGAUGGUUUUUUGGGAAUAG